AUGUUUCGCAACUUUACUCUUAGCGAACUACUGGCCUUCUUUACUGGGACUCGCUUUGCGGAUUACGUCAAAAAGCCUCGCGAAAUAUGCGAAAGUUUGCAUCUUAUCUGCAAUAAACUAAGUUCGGGCUCUUGCUCGAAUUCAAGCUUGAUCGAUUCGACUAUGAACGAGACCGUUACCAAAGAGAUUAUUCUAUUCCAAAACGUUCUGAGGGAUUUCCUGGCAUCUGUCGCAGGAAAUUUUGGCAAAUCCACCUCUGUGCUUAGCGUUAAAAUCUGUGAUUUUGACUGGCUUUCAGAUCUUGGUUCAAUUUCUUGCCUCGAAAUUGACAAUUCUUCAAGAGAGUAUUUUCAUCCUUUCCUGAGAUACUUGGUGCACUUUGACGAUCCCUCUGACAAGCAUAGUAUUUUCAAUCUAUGUUGUCUAUCGUAUCAUGGUUUUCUCCGUUGGAAACGUUCACUUUCCCUGGGUCCUCAGCUGGAUUGUGUCUUGCUAAUUUAUGUGACGAAAAUUAGUAUUUGGAUAUGGAAAUGCUUUGAUGAGUCGCCUUCUUACUUGUUCCUGUCAAAUACUCUUGAAAUGCUUGGGGUCUUUGUGGGAGCAGCUGAGCUGAUUCCAAAUUACUGCUUUGAGAAGGACCUUAUGGUUUUCAACUAUCUAAACAAUGCUUUAUGCAUUAACAUGCUAAUCGUGGCCGUCCCUACACAUUUCGCUGUGAUAGAUCUCAACGCAUCCAAAGCACAUACCUUACUUUGUCGCCUUUGCCAAAUAGGAAAGCAGUUGCUAUCUGCUGGUCAUUUCGCUGUAGCCUUGGACUAUGUCCUAAUUUCGCUUCACUUCGUCACUCGCAUUACUCCUCAAAAUUUGAGUAUUUGGCACUCUGAGUUCCAUGAUUUGAAAUGUUAUGAGCCUCUCUUAAUGGUGUACCACGAGGAUAUUCUCUCUGCUUUGUUUGCUGCUGUUUAUGCGUCCUCUGCGAACCACCCUCACGACUUCUCAGCAUUUGCCUUGCUUAAUGAUUUUGUGUUUUGGCUCCAAUCGAAUAAAAAGCCAAGCAUAAUCUAUCACUUCAUUCGACUCCUGACGAUCGGGACUCCAAACAUUCUCUCCUUGGUUAUCCAAGCCCUUUCUGCGGACUCAGCCAGUUCUUUCGUUUGGCUUUGCAUUAAAAUUUCUGUCCCACUUCGUUAUCUCAUGCACCCCGUGUGCAUACACGCUUUAGUGAGCGCAUACAUCAACAUUUUGGAAAAAGAUACAUGCAACCAGCUGAAUGUCUGUGAGCUGGCGGAACUUUUUAGUCCGUACUUCGAAAAUCUCAAUGAAUUUGAAGGAAGUGAAUUGAACUAUCAAGAUGUUGCCUUCGUUAUUCAGGUGUUCUCCGGAGUUGCUAGCAGAUCUCCUGCGGCUUGUCGAUUCCGGUGUGCAAUGGUUCAGUCUUUGAUUUGUCCCUACCUGAUUUCCUUUCAAAUGGUCGGCACACCUCAGGUCACCGUGGCCCUUGAAUUUUCUUCCUCAUUUAUCCGUUUGGUCAGUAAUCUUACAGAACCAGAGGCAAUCCAAGCGGUGUCCGAUACUCUCCCUUCUCUUAAUCGUGUUCUUCUUACUGCGCAUAUAUCAGCAUCCGGCAUAACGUCCGUUAUCAGAGUUAUUGCUUGGACUGCUUUGUGGCGUGUUUUGUCUCAUCCACUAAGUGGGAAUUUGAUAUCACAACCGUUUCUUCGUACCGGAACUGGUGGUUGUCUGCUUCAGUCGCUUACUAAGGCAGCAGAGGAUCAACUUGCUAAUUCUGUUGAUACUCCCAUCGAUCUCCAUGCUUCGUUGAUUGGAGUGUUGUGUGAACUCUACUGUGGAACGCAAAACUCUCCAGUUGAUAACAUUCCGCUUGACUGCAAUAAUCUGGACGUGCUUGAACGCCUUACUUCGUUCUCCGUGGGUGAGAAUUGUGGGCAGGACAAUGAACUUCCUGAGCCACCCGAAAUAUUUGAAGAACCAAAGGUAAGAACUCUAUCCGUUCCUGCCAGCUAUUACCUGGACGAGGAGAAGAAAAUGUAUACCCACGAAGAUCCACAAGUCAAAAAGCAUCUCAACCUAUUCCUCUUCAUUUUUCAUCGCUUUAUGCGUACCUGUGACCUCGAAAAUCCUGAUCACCCAUAUGCUUUGAAGAGGUUUCUGCGCGAAGUCCUUAAAUUCCGACGACAUGACCUCAUGCAUUAUUUUGCGUUCAAUAACAAUCAAAUUAUAAAGUGGCUAUCUGAUGUGGUCUCCGAUGCGCUGGAGUUGCUGCGUACUCAACAGCCUCAGAAUGAGGACGCCGACCAUUCCAUUUCGGAUGUUCUUAUCGACUUCCUUGAAUUCUUUUGUCUGGGAAAUGAACACGAGUCAUUGUCUGCUCUUUUUCAAGUCACCCCCAUCCAACUCAAGAAUUUACUUCAACUUACUACUGGAACUAAAUCCCGCAAGUUGCAGUUGCGAAUUGUCCGUCUCCUAGUGGGGUGGUCAAGCCGCGCAGAUCCCUUGGAACCUGAGCACUUCCUUGCAUGGCCUCGGCAUUUGAACUUCACUUUACCUCCGAUUCUUCAUCAGUCACAAAUCAUAGACCUAAGUGAUACGUCGGUGUUCCAAAACUUUGCAUUUGCCCGAUCUAGUAUUCCACUUGAACAAUGGCAUUUUGACCCUGCUCAUCCCUAUCCACUAACCCUCAUCUCCACGAUCUGGCCUCUACCUAUCGACCGGCACCCGGAUGUUCAUGAUGGACAGCCCUUGGACAUCGCAAAUUCAAUCGCUACGUCCAACUAUGCUUCUAGCGGCUUGGCAGUAGCAAUGUGGUACAAACUUCUUACAGCGAUCACUAAGUCAGUUCUCAAAUGCCGGUGUUUGCUUUUUAAGACAAUCACUCAAUUUCAGGGGACACCGGCUAACUACGGGUCAACGUUUGAUGCCAACCUUCCUCUAUCGAAGUCCACCUUGUCUAAUUUGGCUUUGCAAGGAGAAAUGCUUCAUCUAUUCACGCUGGAAGAGUCCCCGACAUUUUCGCGAUCACCGAAGCCGUCCUCCUCAAUGCACACUCAUUCAACGCGUGCAUCUUAUCUUCGGACAAUUCCGUCACUCAGUUGUUGGUCCAUUGAGAUUUGGUUAGUUCCCUCAACCAGGGGUGUUUACACCCGUAUCAGACGAAAAUGCGACUUUGGAAAGCAGCACUUUAUACCGAACCAUUCCGCUUGGGACUCCUCAGAGCUUAUUUUGGCCGGUGAUGCAUACCUUUCAGAUGCUCUAGAUUCCAACUCCUGGGGACAUAUGCUGUUUAGCAUCCUGUGGAAUGAGAACUCAAAGGCGAACCUUACAGGGAUUGUAGCUGUCACAACCAAUGCAUCAACAUACACAGAGUCGACAAUUAAAUUGUCUCCUCUGCUAGCCUCUCCAAAUCUGAACAGGAAUCGUACAGUUAACUUUGUACACAGUCGCCGAUUUACGACGAAUUUGUGUUCACUAAGCCUGUGGAUAGGCCAUGCAAACCCAGCACUUGGAGUGUCUAAGACUGUUACUUCGAAUGAACCUUAUCUUUUAACUGGUGGAUUUCUUGUGUUUACCGGUGAUAUUCUCCCUAAGAUGCCAGCUAAACUGACAGAAGGAUCCCGAGCCCACUUGAGGGAACUGGCUCUUUACCUUGCCCUGUGUGGGCCUUUAUGGAGUGGCAUCUUGCCCUGUGCCUCACAGGAUGUCUGGCCUACAUUAGUAGCUAGGGGUCGCUGCUAUCUCAGUGCCUUCCUUUCCCGUCUGCGUCCACAAGAACUUGGUGAUUUAUUUUUGCGAGGACAAUGCAUUCUGGAUUCUGUGGAACAAUUCCAAGGCGGUACAACAAUUGAGAAGAUGAGAGGUUACAAUUGUUUUCAAGUUCCUUCAAAAUUGUGGAUGGUUGACCCUGUGUCAAAUCUUGAUGUUGAAGUUACUGCGCAGAAUCUCAACACACUGACGAAAUGCGGCGUUGAUGCGACCAUCGCGUCCAUUGGCGGCGUCGAUUCUGCCUUUUUUCUCGCCGGCGCAGUUGCCUGCGCAUCUGAAGCUGACACCGAGGUCAUUGCAGCCUCCUUGGAUCUCAUUCUCACUCUCACAAGGCACUCGGUCGUCGCCGCAGAAAAAUUUUAUCAACCCCUAUCAGAAGAGCUCAUUCCUCGAUGUUCUGUUGAUGCUUUUGGCCGUUUACACAUAACAAACUAUGGUUUAUGUCUGUUGACCUCCCUCAUUAAUCGAAUUUGCUUAAGGCGCGUAAAUCUGGCUUUUCAAGAGGUAUUCACGAAAUAUGCAUAUGUAAAAGUCGUCGAUAAAGGAAUUUGCCUUCUGCUAGAUCCCGAGCUGAUUGUUUGUCAGAUGAUUUUUUCAUCGUUGGAGAGCCUUCCAGCCGUGCUCAGUGCGAUGGGAGACUGUUUCGCUAGCACAAACAGGAGUCACGACCAAAUUUUGUCAUGCAACAUUACGAAUGUGGAUGGAUCUCGAAUAAUUGAAGCUGCUGUUACCAGCUUUCGAGUUUGCUUUCCCACAUCAAACGACAAUGAAGAUGUUAAUCAACUCUUUGAAGCGACAAGUGCAUCGCUCUCUCGCCUGCUUUCGCAACGCCUGGCCGUCCGACCUCCACCAACUGCCCUGCUCACGUUCCUGCUGCAGACAUUGGCCUCAGUCGAUCCCGAUUUGUACCACUGCGCAGCCACACGCGCCUUCGACGCGAAAGCUCGUGAUACUUCCCUAGGUGUGGAUCUGGCGAGCCUGGCUCGAUCUCGUCUACACCUUCUUCAAGAUGUAGCGGUCUCUACUUUCGAUGUCACCUCCACAAACAAACGAGAUGGAAAUUCUGCCCCAAAGGCAGAAAUUUUGCAAUUGCCUACUGAUGAAGUCUCUGAAGAAAGCACUAAACAAUAUUCGACUCCACCGCCUUUGGACUCCACCAUAUCGAUUCCCCUGAUCCCUCUGCAGCCCUCCUUUACCCUAGAGGGUGUGAGCGAUGCCGAGGCCGCUACUUUGGCUAGAUUUCGGGAAAACAUUCUCUCUGGUGGUGGCCGAAGUGACUCUAGUCUAUCAUCCACUCUCUUUGGCUCGUGUAGCAGUUUGCUGGAGUUCGGAAAUCUUGAUCUGGCUGAAGGAGAAAGAGAGAAGGGAUUUGAAAGUUGUUCUUCGCUUGCGCGGUAUCACAGCUUACCUGAUAUCUCGAUGCCAAUAGUUGAGUCUUCCUCUUUUACAUCACAGUCUGUCACGGAGGCCUCUACCUUUUCAAGCAAUGAUGAAGCAAAUUCCUCUGAAAAUCAGGAUUAUUCUGCUGCUGCUGCUGAUCUUGGCACACCGACGAUAUCUCCACUUCUGCUUUCUCAACGACACCACCUGGCUGCUUUGACGCUGUCAGUCCUUACUAAAUUCUGGCAAGAGGCAGCAGCAAAAGCUGCUGCUGGAACGGAGCGAAAAACAGACCUUUUGGCUCCUCCGUUCUGGCUUAUUUACCAUCUUGGGUGUCAUCCCUGCGUCAAGUUCCGAGAAUAUGCUCUGUCUCUUUACAUCACACUGCUGAGCAUUCAUCCAAGCCGUAAAAGGUGCGACUCUUUGGGCACCGACCGCGCUUUGGCGAUGCAGUUCCUUUCGGACACCUCCUCCAUUACUUUUCGGUACUGCUCGUCCGUGACAGAAAUGCGGUGCGCUGCUAGGUGUGUAUUGGAUCCCAGUGACUGCGCUCUUGUGCCCCUUGCGCAUGUUGCAUUGACUUCACGAUCGUUGGUUGCUUCUGCAUGCCAAAUCGUCAAUUCAUUUGUCGACUCGAAGUCAAACCAGACAAAUAUAUCCGGAUAUUCUUCCUCCACUGAUGGUAGCGCCGUAGUCCCUACAUCCAUUGCAUUGCCAAUAGUUGCGUCUUCCUUGGUGGACAUUGUAGCAUUUCAUCAGAUGUAUAAUGAAAAAUCAGUCGAGGAAGCUUUAUUAGUGGAACUGACCAAGCGGUGGACGGAUUAUCUUGACGGUUUAUCGAAUUUCUUUAAUUGUGCAAAGACGGAUUCCACUGUCCUGACUGCCCUUCGUGACCCCUUUUCCCUUUAUAUUCUUCUGGAAAUUGUCUUCUUCCUCCAGUCCAUUUGUUCUGCACCUAGUGGCAUCAAUAUUUACACUGAACGAUUCCAUGAGAUUGGGAACUUGAUUUCUCGCCUACUGGGUUCCAUCAUCUCCAGAGUCAAGGAUCGGAUUGCAUUUGCUGAUGUUAGAGUGAUAAUUUCUCAUUUGCGUUUCGGUGGCAAGUCUGUCAAUGAAGUGGAUUACCUAGCCUCCAACCAAAUGUGUAUUGUUCGUGAGGUCCUUCUUCGUGUCCUACUCGCAUUAGUUGGACGCAUCCUUAAAGAACUUAACGAAGAUACAACUUUUACACAACCUCUUCUCUCACAACUCCAAUGGACGGCAGUUAUGGUUGAAGAUACCCUUCUUUACAAAGGGUCCAAAUCACCUGUUGAAGCACUGACUGCGGAUCCAACAAGCCUUAGCUGUCCACAAUUUCCCACUAUUCAUCUUCUGGAGAAGGCCAUCAUUACCCUCUUCGUGAACUCCGCGUCUCAUGCCAUGCGGAACGCUGGAGCUGCGAUUUGGUUUACACUAUCGAGCAGUCUUAUGCGCUUGUUACACACAUGGUGCGAGACCUUGUUGGAAACCCUCACAAUCUCAACGACGGGUCUUUGGCUUUUGACUCUCCUUUCCCAAGAGCCCUACAUUAUCGGAGACGAGGCGGUUUCUUGUUGCCCUAAUAUUCUCAUGGAACUGAGGAAUAUUCUCCAAAUGCUAGAGGCCAUCUUUUCAAUUAAACCGGGGAGAUCUGAAGAAAUUCAGUACAAUCAAGAAAUUAACGGCGAUCUCCCGUUAACGUACAGCACAUACAGACCUGAUUGUGUGGGCGACCGUGGUGACAUCGCGAGACGGAAGACCGACUAUGAUAGGAUCUCAAAUGCCGUACAAACCCUGCUGGAGUGGGUGGAAAAGUUGUGUUCCAAUUUUGAUCACAUUUCAAAAAAAUCGCCACAAUAUGCGAUAUCUAAUUCUUCGCUAUCUGGUCCUGAACCGAACCUCUGCCCUCCAUUGCUUGUUGACCAGUUUGAUUGGCUGUCACCGUUGAGAGAAGCCAACGAGGCGGGUCAGCGCCACUGGUCGAUGCUCGUCUCCCAACGCAGACACAUUCUUGAUGUGGUGGCCCCCUUCUACUGGAUGCAGCUGGGUGGCGCUAUGAGCCAUGAAUGCUCAAUCUUUUACACCGAGGCUCUAAAGCCCGUAUUUUCACAUGUGGAUACCUUUGAAGAUGAAUCAAGACAGCGCUGCCGACGACGGCCAGUGGUUAUAUGGAUCGACGAUCGUUUUGUGAGAUCUUCGUCUGUAAAUGCUUUGGCCCUCUUCCCACCGUCAGUAGCGCUCUCAGAUCGGUGUCUUGGCGUCUGGUCAUGCCGACUAGUUGAAAUAUCCGAUUCUCUUCCGUUGGAUGGGGAUCUCACCUUAGAUGCCAACCGAAUCCAUCUAGUUAUCAAUGUCAGGGAACUGCCUGAAUCUCCCAUGCGUAAUAGAAAUUGUAGCGGCGCACCAAUGCACGGUUUGGGUGAGGACGCCAGCCAAAAGGAGGUGCUGACUUGUCCCCUACAUGCAGUCACGCGUGUCGAAGCGAGACGUUUCGAACUCCGUGAUCUCGCUCUGGAGCUCUUCUUCGAGCGCGCGUGUAACAUGCCGCCUAUAAUGAUUGCUUUUCGGUCUAACAAGGAGCGCGACCAUUUCAUUCGGAGCCUGGUGGAGGCGUGCGGCUCGUUGUGCAUUCGCCCACCCGAUGAGCAGCGGCGGGUGACUGCGGGACGGCGAAUGACCGCCCUCGGCCAUGCCACAUCUGUCAGAUCCACUCGCGGUCCACGGCUCUCGCUACGAGACCUUUGCGACGUCCUUGUUGCGCCUUUUCCUACACCCUUUAUCGGUCCUGCCACACGUGCUCGCCUUCUCGAUGCUCAGGUCGCUUGGCUUUGUGGUCAGAUGUCAAACUUUGACUACAUAAUGGCACUCAACACCGCUGCCGGAAGGACAUACAAUGAUAUCACACAAUAUCCCAUCUUCCCUUGGAUCCUUGCUGAUUAUGAGAGCGAGGUGCUUGACCUUGAGAAGACGUCGAGCAGUUUUCGACGCCUGGAUCGGCCCAUUUCGGUGCAAACAGAGUCUCGCAUAAGCGCUGUUUCCAGACACUAUGAGGAGCUGAAAGCGCAGCAGUUGGAGAUUGACGUUGUCGGUGGAGAGGAGCAGAGGACGCUACUCUGCCCCGUUUUUCACUACCCCUCCUUCUGCUCAAACGAAGCUAUCAUAUUGCAUCUUCUCUUUCGGCUCAUCCCUUACGCCUUUCGUCUAAUACAAUUUCAAGAUGGUAAUUUCGACGAUCCCAACCGCCUCUUUCAUUCGGUUGCUUCUGAGUGGUCACUAACCACAAAUUCCACAGCCUUUGCUAAGGAAUUGGCCCCCGAGUUCUACUUUCGGCCAGACAUGUUCGUAAACUAUGAAAACUUUGACCUGGGCACCCGACAUGACGGCGAAAUCGUUGAUUCGGUCAAACUGCCCCCCUGGGCCAAGGGUGACCCACGUCUCUUUGUUCUGGUCAACCGGGCUGCCUUGGAAAGUCCCUACGUCACUGCACACAUACCCGAGUGGAUUGAUCUCGUCUUCGGCUAUAAACAGACCGGUCGUUGGGGCGAACGUGCCGUCAAUCUCUACCACCCAUUCACAUAUUUUGGGGCAAUUGACGUCGACAACAUUGAAGAUCCAUUGCGACGCGCUGCGGUGCAGUCGAUGAUCCGCAACUACGGUCAAGUCCCACGUCAACUAUUUCCAAAUCACCCUCAUCCUCGAAGAACCAUUCCCUUCAUCACUGUCAACACCUCUGCAGACUCUCGCAGAUACUCCGACUUCUUUGGCCUCUCCCGACUAAUCCGGUACAUUCUUUCGCGUCAGCAAGCGGCUUUGCUGCUCCGCAAAAUGGAGAAUCACAACGAGUUUCAAGCGUUGCAGUCAGUGUCCGAACCACCGAUUGCCAUGGUUAAGUCAUUUUCAGCGGACGAGGAAGAGCCUUGGCCUGGUCCUGGGGUAAGUGUAGCUACCUCAAUAGUGCCGCUCACCGCCGGCGCGCCUUUGGACACCGUGAAGGGACUGCGCUGGGGCAACUGGGCGGGCAGCCCUCUCCUGGAACCGCUUGGAAUCAGCUGGUAUGCCAAUCUUCAAGGUGGUUCACGAUCCUACCGUCUCCGCAGUAGCUCUUCCGACCAACCUAAUUCUCCCUGGACCAUUUUAGUUACCGAUUCCCUUGCCUCCCUGUUCCUCCUCCACCUUUCCUCCCAUCUACUCUUACUCGUCAAAAUUUCCCUUCUAUCUGGAGUAAUUAGGAUAACUGCUAGGCGCUUCGCUGAUGGGCUUGAGUUGUAUUCUACUACUAUUCCGGUCCCGUUUGUGGAGCCGGUUUCAAUUUUUAUCGCUGUUCCUUCUGUUGAUGGAAGGCCUCUAUCUCGCGACGCUCAGAUACAUCUGCUUGUGGGAACCUCCUUUGGGGGUCUUUAUGCACGAACCCUAUCAGCCAAAGAGCUUAUAUGUGGAUUUAUGAGCAACGAGAACGACGAAUGUCAGCCAUGCCAAUACCGUUCGAUUUCAUCCGGAAAUCUCUUCAACUUUGAUAACUUUGUCGACGGCUACGUAAAGGUACGUGGAAGUCGAAGCAAUCAUAAAAUGCGCCUUUCCUCCUCCCACGUGACCGUGGGUUGGCGAUGCCUGAUUGGUCACACGGGUGCCAGCAUCAGUUGCGUUGACACCUGUGUUCAACAUGGACUGAUUGCCAGCGCAGAUGCGCGCGGUCGCGUGGCUGUCUGGGAUUUGGCCUCUACGGCAUUCAUCGCCCUACUGGAAAUGGACGAAAGCAGUGGUGUUUUUGAGGGGGUUUGUGGUCUAGCUUUCGAUCAGAAGUUAGGUGACCUUUUGGUAGCUCGAGCCGGACCUACUGAACCUCACGAAAUCUGGAUCGGACUGUUCACGGCGGAUUGUCGACAGAGCUGUAGCAGAAUUCUCGAUUUUCAAGCCGAGACAGGGUUUACGACCAGCACUGAUUCGCCCCUUCUCUGUAACUCUCAAGAGAACCUGCCCAUCAUAUUUUCCCACCACCAGGGUUGUCAAGUGGGUUGCAUUCUCAUUGGCGGUCCAAGAGGCUGUCUUAUUUGGCUCAGCAGCUGGACCCUCAAUACCGUCUCAGUAAUGCGGUUGGAUCAGCCCUCACCAUGCCCUAUCGUCGCCCUGUUAUUUGUUCCACCAUCAUCAACUCUUACCAAGCCCGCUGACCCCAUUGCGCCUAUUUUUCACCCCAAAAGGAGUAAUCAGGCUCACGCAGAUGAUGCACUGUUUAUAGUCGAUUUUGAAGGCUGGAUGUAUUUCUUAGAACCGGGUGCCAAGGCACCAUCGCGACAACUCAGGAUUCGGUUGCCCUGCGGAAGCCUUCCAACACCGGGAACACAUCAACAUCAGGACAGUACCCCCCUUCAUCUUCCAGAAAUCUGGCUUUAA